GCCUUCGCGUCUCGCGCCACACACGUGUACAUACAAAGGAAAGAUACGAUACAAGGACCGCCGCAUCUAUCAAGCGAGGUUAUUCAUACGCAUAUAAAAGUCAUCGCUGCAGCAGCCUCACUCAGCCUUACAUCUCUCUUCCCGCGGGGUGGCGAUAGCGAGAAAAAAUGUCACUCAUCGAGGUCGAAGGCACAACGGAUUCUGCCUCGAGCAGGUCGAACUCCACCGCUCACGACAACUCCGUCAACUACAUCAGCUCCCACACGAAGGCGGCGGCCUUCAGCAGCGUCUCCAACGUGCAGGACGCGUACGUUACCCUCGACACGACCACCGUGAUCGACUACGUCGAGAGGACACUGGAGGAGUGGCUGCCCCUGCACGGCGAAGUUCGCCUGGAGCACGGCGAGGUCGUCGCCGCUGAGGAAGUGGGCGACGGAAACCUAAAUUUAGUCUUCCGCCUGCUGAACGUCCACGGGGUGUGCCGAGCCGUGCUGAAGCAGUCGCUGCCGUACGUCCGCUGCGUCGGCGAGUCGUGGCCGCUGACGUUGGACCGCAACCGACUCGAGGCAGACACGCUGCGCUCGCACUACCGCUUUGCACCGGCGGUGGUCGAGCACGUUCUGUUCCACAACUCGUCGAUGGCCGCCACCGUCGUGGAGGAUUUAUCGGACUGCGUUAUUUGGCGCCGCGAGCUGGUGCGAGGCCACCACCUCGAUCACGUGUGCCCACGGCUCGGCCGCUACCUCGGUCGCGUCUUCUUCUAUACCUCCGACCUGGCCCAAGACUGCGAGAGUAAGAAGGCGGCCGUGCAGGAGUUCACGAACGCUGACAUGUGUGGCAUCACCGAGGACCUCUUCUUCACCGACCCCUUCCUCGCCCACCCCCGCAACAACUACGAGCCGGCGCUCGAGGCACUGGUGGCGUCGCUGCUGCGGCGAGACACGCUGCUACGGGUGCGCUCGGCCCAGCUGAAUCACCGCUUCAUGAACUGCCCCGAGGCCCACCUGCACGGUGAUUUGCACAGCGGCAGCGUUUUUGUUGACGCCCACCGCGUUAAGGUCAUCGAUGCGGAGUUCGGCUUCUACGGGCCGAUGGGCUUCGACCUCGGCACCGUCAUGGGAAAUCUGCUGAUCAACUACAUUGCCUUGCCUGCUUUGCAGGAGCAACGCCUGCAUACGGAAGCGGCGGACUCGUCGACAGAGCUGGCCUCUGACAAGGCGGAGCCGCGUGUGGCGGCCGAUCUGAGCACCGCAGUCCCGUCGACACCGCAGCUGCUCUUGCACAGCCUGCACAGCUUCUGCAGCGCCUUCCACGCCACCUUCACGCAGCUCGCGGCGAGCGAGACCCGCGACGCCGCCUUCGCGUUCCCUGGGUACGAGGAGGAGCUGCUGCAGCAGGUCUGGGCAGACGCGGUGGGUUUUGCAGGCAGCGAGAUGAUCCGGCGCACCGUGGGUCUCGCACAUGUGGCGGACCUGGACUCGAUUCAGUCCGACGGGCAGCGGCUGGCAGCGAAGGAGGACGUGCUGCGCCUCGGCGCCUACCUGGUGAAGUACGCCGCCUCCUUGAAGAACGUGGGUGAACUGGUGCAGCUGGCAGAGAGCGGUCGCUACAAGGCAGCUCAGUAA